AUGGUCUGCAGCUUGCCGUCGUUGACCCUGAGCUUUUUUCUCGUCUUGCAGACUUUGUGCGCGCCUACAUGGAGCAAUCCCGUCAACCCCAAACUUAGACUGCAUGUCAUCGAAGACAUUGCACUUGAUCCACGGCAGGCGAUUGAUACUCGGCAGUCAACGAACCCGCCCUUCAGGGUCACUGGCGUGAGGGAUGGAGGACCACCGCAGCCUCGUCUCGAGAUCCGCCAGCUGCAGCAGGAGCCAGAUCAAUGGAAUCUCUACUUACUCGCACUCGACCGCAUGCAGAAGGCAGACCAGAGCAAUGAGCUAUCGUACUAUCAGAUUGCCGGAAUCCACGGACUGCCUUACACUGCCUGGGAUGGCGUAGAGCGUGACCCCGGUGGUGAAGGCGGUUACUGCAUGCACGGGUCCAACGUCUUCCUGACUUGGCACAGACCCUAUCUGGCCCUUUUCGAGGCCCGCUUGCAGCAAAUCCUAUACGCGAACAUGCUCGACGUCGUUGCUGGUUUCCGCAAUACUUCUCGUUACGACUUCUACGUGAACGCUGCCAGAACGUUCCGCAUGCCGUACUGGGACUGGGCCGCCGCGCCGCCUGUAGGUGAAAACAGUUUCCCCAACAGUCUUACUAUCCGCGACGUCCAGGUCACCCUCCCGAAUGGCACCGCUGUAAUACCGAACCCGCUAUACGCGUAUAGGUUUCACCCUGUUCCCAACGAUUUCUCGCCAUGGAUCUCUGACAUCCCAUGGAUAAUGCAAAACAUGACUUUACGCCAACCUGACCCACCACGAGCCAGACGGCCACCCGAUGGCAACGACAUUGUUGUGCAACGUAUGAACUUCGACCGCUUGAUGCUGCGAGAUCGACUCUACAACGUCCUAACGACGUACGACAACUUUACGGAUGCAGGUACCGAAGCCUGGAAAGCUGACAACGCACUGAAAUGGGAUAGUCUCGAGGCUGUUCACAACGUCCCUCACAACAACAUCGGAGGUCACAUGUGGUAUCUGCCGUGGUCGGCCUUUGAUCCAGUCUUUUGGCUGCACCAUACUAUGGUGGAUCGAACGCUCGCAAUGUGGCAAGCACUCUACCCAGACAGUUAUGUUGAGCCAAUGAAGCAGACACAACCGUCCUGGUCGUAUCCUGUGGGCACAGUUCUGGAUGCGUCAUCGCCCUUGACUCCAUUUCACUCGGACUCAUCUGGUGCCUUUUGGACAUCCGAAAGCGCUCGUUCCACUUUGACUUUCGGCUAUACUUAUCCAGAGCUCGGGACCGGCAAUGACACGGCAGUGCUGAGAAGAGCAAUCAACGAACUGUAUGGACCGUCAACGGCAAUGUCCCCGCAGAAGCGAGAUUCCUUGCGCAAGAGGCAGCGUGCGGACGGAUGCGACGAGUUGACAGCAGACGACAGCUCUCAGUCAUGCUCUCCCCAGUAUGGCUAUCGGAAGAACCUGUCGUAUGAGCCAGCCCCGGCAACUCGGGAGUAUCUCGUCAACAUCAAAGCCCAGAAGUUCGGUCUCGGUUCAUCCACAGUCUACGUCUUCCUGGGCAACCCGGGUGCCGAUUCGGCUUCUUGGUGGAACGACAACACACUCGCAGGGACUUACGCUAUGUUCGCGAUGCCGAAUCCGACCUGCCAAGGCUGCAUGCGCGUACAGGCUGCCGGCACUGUCCCGCUCAGCACAGUGCUCGAAGCCAAGAUGGCGGCUGGGGAGCUGGGCGGUCUCGAUGAGAGCAUCGUGGUGCCUUACUUGCAGAGGAAUCUUCAAUGGCGCAUCACUAAGGUGGACGGCACCGAGGUUCCUGCCGCGCGGGUUCCUGACUUCAAGAUCGCCGUUGUCAGCACCGAAGUCAUGCCGCCAACGGCCAUGAGCGAGUUCCCAACAUGGUCCAGCGAGUACACCGUCCACGGCGAAAUCACCGGUGGACGACCGGGUGGCUUCACAGCUGGAGAUGUCAUCUGA